AUGCCCACAACCCUCAUCCUCGGCGGCGCAGGCAAGCUGGCCCGGCAGCUGACCGCCCAGCUCCUGGCGCAGGACCCGCCGCACGCGGUGCACAGCCUGAUCCGCGCGGGCGCCGACCCGUCGCAGGCCGACGACCUGCGCCGCCUGGGCGUGCGGUCCGUCAUCGCCCUCGACCUCGAGACCUGCACCGUCGCGGACCUCGCCGCCGCCAUCCGCGCCGCCGACCCGGUCCCCGAAGUCGUGGUGUGGUGCGCCGGCGCGCCCUUCGGCGCCGACCCGGGCCGCAUCGACGCCGUCGACCACCUCGCCGCCGUCAAGGCCAUGGACGCCUGCGCCCAGGUCGUCGUUGCCGAAAACCAGGCAGCGGCGGCGGCAAAGAGGUUCGUCAGCGUCUCCAUGCUCGACCUGCGCGACCGCGAGCACAAGCCCGUGCCGCCGUGGUACACGCCCGACGACGUCGCGGGCAGCGACCGGCUCUGGGGCGGGCCGAUGGGCGCGUGGGCGCGCGCCAAGCUCGCCGCCGACGCCGAGCUGUGCCGGGGCAACGACCGCAGGGGGCUCGACUUCACCGUCGUGCGGCCGGGAGGGCUGGGUCCCGCCGAGGACGCCAAGGGCACCGUCGCCGCGGGCCGCGUCCCCGGCUGCCUGAGCGCCGCGGGCAGGAGGACCGUCAGCCGCGCCGACGUCGCAGCAGUGCUCGUCGAGUGCGUCCGGGACCGCGCCGCCGUCGGGCUCGCGUUCGACGUCGUGGGGGGCGAUGAGCCCGUCGCGGACGCUGUCACCCGGGUCGCGCGCGACAAGGAGGACACGUUUCAGGGGUUCUAUUAG